AUGGAUAGAAUAUCAAACAGCAUUAAUAAUGAAAUUAACAAUAGUAGUGAAUCACCUCCACCACCACCUUAUAAUUCACUUGUUUAUAAAAAAGAUGAUGAUGAAUUUGAUAGAAUUCAAUCAUCAACUUAUUUUGAUAAUAGUAAUCAACCAUUUGUGUAUUUUAAUAAUUAUCCUGGACCACCAUUAACAGAUGGUCAUGUACAAAUUGAUCAAAUUAAUCAAUCGAUUAAUCAUGAUCAUAUAAUAUCAAAAAAUAUUCGUAUAUAUUUAAUUCUAAAUGGUAUAAUUACAAUAAUAUGUGGAUUUAUAUCUAUUGCAAUACAAAUAAGUAUUAUAGCAUCACAUUUAAUUAUCUACUAUUAUUAUGGAUUUUGGGGUGGAUUGUUUCUUAUUUUUAUUGGCCUAAGUACUAUUGCUUUAUAUAAUCAUCAUCGGACAGAUUAUUCGAAACUUUCUUAUUUAUUUUUUUGGCAAAGUGCGUUUGUAGGAAUUCUACUUGGUGUUGGUAUUAUUAUUAUAUUAACUGAUAAAUGUAAUGAUAAAACAACAGAAAAUGAUAAUGAUGAUCAUAAAUGUAGAAACUCAUAUAGAGUACUUAAUGGAUUUUUACUUGGUACUUUUGCUGUAAUAUUUUUACAAUCAAUAAUACAUGGACUUAUUUUUUUGAUUUUGAAAAGAAAACAUUCGUUAAGCGAAAUUUCAUUUUCAUGA